AUGGCGACGACAACUAAUAUCAAGAAUUCAUUUGACUACCCUUGCACCUUAGAUCCGAGCAGCUCAUAUUGCGCUCUGCUUUCAAAGCCUACCUCUACUGGAACAAAGGAUGCCGUCAAAACACCUAGUCCUCGUGCUCACGGUGAAAUCGCGAACUGUACCAUGUGGGUUGCCCCACUGGAAACCUACGAUACUUGCUAUAUCAUUCUUCAUACCUACGGUCUCAGUAUGGACAAUCUCUACGCAAUGAAUCCAACUGUGCGCAAGGACUGUAGCGGGCUGAGCAUUGGUGGUCAAGAUGAUUCAUGUGUCGACAUCGCCACCAAUCACGAUAUCUCCCCGGGCUCCUUCUACGAGUGGAAUCCAGCGGUUAAGUCCGACUGCUCCGGCUUGCAGACAAAUGAGUACGUCUGUGUGGGCAUCAAAGCGGCAACUACAGGAACCGAUAUUGUGACGCCCUAUCCCAUUCAAACGGGCAUUAUAUCUACCUGCGAUAAGUUCUACAAGGUAUUAGCCGACGACUCUUGCAGUGAUAUCGCCAACGAGAACGAUAUUCCUCUUCCUUCCUUCUACGACUGGAACCCAGCGGUCAAGUCGAACUGUGCUGGCCUACAAGCAAAAGAGUAUGUUUGCGUUGGUACAGCAAGUAUCAGUACUUCGCAGAUAGAGGGAGUCGCAACAGCCACGAGAAAGAGCAGUUAG